GUGCCGGCUAUUAUCGUGGAUUGCCGUGUGAAGAAGGUGAAGGCCUUUCACAAAAUGGUUGGUUUCGCGAUUGAUCGCGAGCGUGGAGGCAUGUGGUUCGAGGCCAUAGGCUCGCUACCAGUCCUGCAGGCGCUGGCUGAUAGGAUGAACCGUGGCAAGUUGGUGAUGUUUAGCAAGCUAUGCAUCAAAAAAUCAGCCUACCACAGCGGCGGUCGGUAUCUAGAUCUGUCGGCCAAAUCUGGUGCGACCGUGUCGGGCUUGCCACCUGUACAUGCUGCUUACAAAGAUCUACAGGAAGCGUUGCGUGAUGGCUAUGCCUGCAACUCGAAGAUUGCUUUGUUGGAAGGCAUGCGUCGUGGCCAGAAGGCAGAUGUUAUUGGCAAGGUGAUCGACGUUACGCUUAAAAGCUUGAAAGAUGGCAACGAAAAAGGUGAGGUUUGGCUGAAGGACGACAGCGACAGGCGUGUUUUGUGUGAGAUGUGGGGGUCUACGUUUGCAGCUUUGCUGAAGGACGUACCAGUGGGUAAGGUGGUUCGCAUCCUCAACUUUGGCGUCAUCACGCAUGACGGGAAGUCUAUUUCGCUGAGCGGUGAAUUUUUCGGAGACAGCGAGCGUGGUAGUGCCAUGGUGGAAGUCGUUCUUGCUGGCGAGCAAGCUGAACGGCUGGCGUCAGUCGAGGAAGAGGGGGGAGAGUCCAUGUCGAUGCCCUGGACAGCGCAAGGCUCGUCCAAGAUGUCAUUCGCAGGGACGUGUUUCGUUUCCUGCCUGGCGUCGGUGAAGAACUGCCCGCUAGUCCCGUCGACAGCGGGCACGAUGGACUCGCAGGGCAGUGAGGCGGCGUCCCAGAGUCGUACCUACGCGAAGGAGGCGCUCAAAGAAGAGAUCCGGGUUUUCGUUCCUGGUGUGUGGCUCACGGAUGUUCGAGAUCAGGACCCGGUGUUCUACGUUUGUGAGAACUCACACCUGAAAAUUGAUGGAUCCACGGGACUGUGCCGCAAGAGCGGCGAAGGUUGUCAGUGCAAGGCAAGUGCUGAUCCGAUUCUCUUGACCAGUGUUACUCUGGCGGAUUUCAGUG